CAUAUUUUGAACAUCUUUGAAAUUUUGGAAAAGUAUAAGCCUAGGAAUAAUUUUCGCGUAAAACCAAUGCCACAUACUGUUGAACGUAAGAAUGUCCAGCAAGUGGCGGGAAAAAUUACCCCAAAUUCGAGCAAGUGUUCAUUCGCUCGAAUGUUGAGUCUUCAGUCGUUUUUCCGCACUCGAUUGUGUUCGACGCGCGCGCGACUUUCUUUUUUUUUCUCCAAAAGUCAAUUGAGCCCUCGUCCGAUAACACUUUGUGAUAAGGAUUAUCUCAGAACAAUUUGCUGCUGUAUUUUGGUCAAUUGCAAACCAAUUGCGUGCCGUACAAUAGAAUGGAAGUGAUCUGUGAUGUACCCUAAAUCUCUCAGCCAACCCAUUAAAUAUUGUGGUCAGUCUAAAUACAUAACUGUGUACAUUUGAAAGGAUGGUGAAGGAUUCGUGGGUGAAAUUGAGAAACACCGUUGAACGAUGGUAUGAGGGCACCAACAAACGAAAGGUCAUCUACGAUGUCUAUACAAUUCCUUCCUGGACAGCACCCCUCAUCCUAGCUGUCGUGCUGGGUGCCUUUGUUGGCAUCCACUUCCUCUACUACGCCCUCCCAGCCCCACUAACCCUCGAUGAUGAGGUCAUCUACCCACAUAGAUUCAUCGCAGAACGAGCUGAGAUGCACACGAGAAACCUCACGGAUCUUGGGGUGCGUGUUGGAGGCUCCCCGGCCAAUGACUACAGUGCAGUGAAUCAUUUAUUUGAGGAAUUGGAACGUAUUGCAAUGAGAGCAGGAUCUGCAGCCCAUAGGAUGGAUUUGGAAGUGCAGAAGGUGGAUGAAGGAGCCUUUGAACUACCGUUCAGUCCCUACGGAAUGACAAAUGUAUAUCACGGUGUUCACAACGUUGUCCUUCGUAUGACUCCCUCAACACCCAAUGGCGAAUACAGUGGCCAUUGCCUCCUGGUCAACUCCCACUUUGACACAAUGCCCGACACAGUUGGUGGAAGUGAUUCUGCUGCCAUGGUGGGCAUAAUGCUGGAACUAGUCCGCAAAUUAUCCAGCAGACCUGGAGCAUUUCGUCACUGCAUCAUUUUCCUCUUCAACGGUGCCGAAGAGAAUUACUUGCUUGGAGCUCAUGCCUUCAUCACACGCCACAAAUGGGCAAACUCCGUCAAAGCCUUUGUCAAUCUAGAUGCAGCUGGAGUUGGUGGUCGCGAAUUAAUGUUUCAGGCUGGUCCUGAACAUCCAUUUCUUGUGCGACACUUUCAAAUCUCUGUUCCACGUCCCAGGGCAUCAGCUCUGGCUGAAGAACUCUUUCAGCAAGGAGUUGUGCCUUCCGAUUCAGACUUUAGGGUAUUUAGGGAUUUUGGGAAAAUUCCUGGAAUGGACUUUGCCUUCCACACGAACGGUUACAUUUAUCACACAAAAUACGAUACACCGGACGUAAUUUCUCCAGGGACUUAUCAACAUGUUGGGGAUAACAUUCUGGCCCUCUUGGUCUCCUUGCUGGACAGUUACGAACUCUACGAUGUGGAUGCCUUCAGAGAUGAGCCAGCUGUGUUUUAUGACUUCCUGGGAUGGUUCUUGAUCUUAUACUCAAGUCACGAAGGCGUAAUAAUGAAUUGCUUGGUUGUGGCCAUAGGCAUCCUGGUAGUCGCCUUUUGCCUGAAAGCCAUGUCUUAUAAAUCCGGACUGUCGAUGAUGGAGCUAUUGAGUGAAUUUGGCGUAAGUGAGGCUAUCCUGGUAAUUUCUAUUGGGAUUGGAAUAGCCAUUGUGCAGCUCUUGGCCGUCAUAUUGGAUACAGCAGGACGUAGUAUGUCCUGGUAUGCUGUUCCAUGGCUUCUCUUUGGCCUGUACUUCUGUCCAAUUCUCCUAGCCAUCGGAACUGGAGCAACUGUCUACAUUCAUUAUUUUAAGCGAGAUCUACUAUCAAUUUCCCAUCGUGUCCAGCUUUUUCUGCACGGUCACUUCGUAAUCUUGCUCUUGGCACUAUUAGUUUUGACAACGAUGGGUCUCAGGUCAGCAUAUAUUCUCCUCCCAGCUAGUCUCUUCUAUGCAGUGACAGCCUUUGCCAGUGGGAUCUUUUUUCACAACCGCAGGAGGUCCUGGCUCAUUAUACACCUAAUUGGCCAAGUCCUACCCAUUCUCUUUUACUGUUCACAAACCCAUCUUGCGAUGCAAUCACUCAUCCCACUUUCAGGACGCAGUGGAGCUGCUGCUAAUCCAGAUAUGUUGAUGUCUCUGCUUUGUUCAGUUUUUGCUCUUCUCUUGGGUGGAUUUCUUAUCCCUCUGGUGGCACUCUGUCGUCAUCCCCGUGCUGUGCUCAGUAUCUUCCUCCUCUGGAUGACUAUCACAAUCAUCUUAAUCAUCACUCCAGUGGGAUUCCCAUUCCGCGAAAGUGUAGCACCUCAGAGAUACUGGAUAUUUCAUACUCAACGGAAAAUUCACGGAUUCCAAAACGCUUCCUAUUCUGAAGAUUCUGGGUACUUCCUACUUUCCAUGGACCGUCAUACAGCCUCAACGGCCAUGUCUUACGUUCCCGAAUUAUCCCACGCCCAGAGAAUUGGAGAAGAGUGCAAUGGUGAUCUACUCUUUUGUGGGGUACCUCUUCUGUCCUCCAGAAAACACAUCCGUGCUCCAGAGAGUCUGUGGCUUCAAGGUCCACCUCCUGAACUUCCUGAUCCCACUCAACUCGAACUUCUUGGAGAAAUCAUUGAACCUGGUGCUACCAGGAAGACCCUAAUGUUCACCGUUAGUGGACCUAGUCAUAUGGGUAUUUUCCUAUCUCCACGGCAUGACCUGGAAAUGGUCCAGUGGAGUUUACUGGAUCAUAUUCCCUCCCCAGGACCCCGAUGGCACGACAGAGAGACUUACUUUGUUUCCUUGAGCUAUGGCUUCAACUAUCAUCGCCAUUUGGACUUCAAUGUAACUCUUCAGUCACCUGAAAUCUUCCGACAAGGUGUCCAGAGUCUGGACAUCGUACUCACAUCCCAUUACCUCUUCCACGAUGACAUCAGAACACCAGAAUUAAUGGAACUCAUUGAAAAAUUCCCUUCAUGGUGUUAUGUCCAAGGGACAAUGAGUUCCUACGAGAGCUUUAUCUUUUAACUAGUCAUCUUCCUUUAUUUAUUUAAAAAAAAAUACUAUUUGUUGCUGCUGAGAUUUUUAAUUAGUGAAUAAAUCAGACUGCUUUUUUAAAA